UCUCAGUCUCACAGUUCCUUCUUCUAUCUUUCAGUAAUCAUUUGAAUUCUUGUGUUGGAUCGUUCAUUCCCUAUUCCCUUCGUUUCCCAUUAAAAUUUCUCAAAUUUAACCUGAAAACGUGAGAUUUGUUUUUGGAAAUUUCGCUUUUUGUUAGGAUCCCAAUUCACAAUUUUAGGGUUUCUGCCCUUUUUUCGGGGUUUACGCUUAAGGGUAUGACUAAUCCAAUCUCUCCCUAUAUAAGCUUAAAUUCCGUGCGGCUUCACAGAAAAUGACGAGUCACGGUGGCGGUGGAGUUCGCGGCGAGAGGAUUCAUACGGUACAGCCGGAGAGAGAUUUGGUGGCAAAUUGGGAAGUUGAUUUGUCGGAAAAGCUAGAAGAGUACCUACUUAAAAUUUGCUCCGGAGAAAUCACCGGGAACGAAGAUGGUCAGGUUCCUGUGAAUUUCGCCGAAGCUGCUUUGCUGCUUCAGGGUUCGGUCCAGGUUUACAGCAAGAAAGUGGAGUACUUGUACAAUUUGGUCCUACGUACGUUGGAGUUUCUUUCGAAACAAAGAGAGCAAGAACAGUCCAAAGGUACAUCAAACGAGGCUGAGGAAAGCUCCUCUCGUCAGGUUGAUGAAGAAGAAAAUGAUCUCUUCUGGAAUGUAGAUGACAUCCCAGUGGACGCAAAGAAUAGCUUGGACAACUCGGUUGGCGGGGAUUCCUGUCCAAGUCAGUUUGUGAAGCCUCCGGCAAAUCUAGUUGUUCUUGAAGGUGACUGCUUGGAUACUAGUGGUGACGGAGGAGAAUUAGAAUCCUAUCUGUUGGCAACUACACAUCUCUACCGGGAUUUUAUUCUAUUAGACCCAUGUGAUGCUGUAGCGGUAAAUGAAUUUUUAGGUGAUAACUAUGCCGGUAAAGGAAAGAACAGUGCUCUCAGAGGCAGCUCCGUUCGUAAAAGUUUUCACUCACCAGCAGGACGUUCUGGAGGAAGUGCUCGUAGAUCAUCUGUGGGAAAGAAUCAGGGCACCAAUUUCAACUCGUCACCAAUAGUUGGGAAUGCUCCCGAUGUUGAAAACUGUAACCAAGGGUCUCAACCUCCUCCUAUCUUUGGAGACGAUGAUCAUGGUUUUGACAUUGAUAAUGACCAUGGAGGAACCAUGGAUUUAAGUGAUACAGAUGCUGAUGAAGAUGAUCCAUGGAAGCCAUUGAAUCCCUAUGAACCCGGGAAUUUGAAAGUGAAGCCUUUCAAAAAAGUAAAAACUUUCAGAAAGAUCGGAGGGAGCCUUACCAAGGACCAUAUAUCUUCCAUGUUUCCUCUCGCUAGACCCAACGGUCCCAUCAGCACAGAGCUCAACGGAAUUUGGGAGAAGCGCCGUGGUACUGGUAAAGACGAGAGAGUACAACAAGACAUUCCCUAUCACGAGAAGCUUCGAGCGUUGCUCGUGAAUGGAGGAAAACAACCUUCUGAUGCUAAUGGCAAUCACAAGGACGGCGAUAAGGAUAACCAUGAUGAAGCUAAUAAUGGCGACUUCGAUGAUUUUGGGGAGCAUGAUGAUCAUGAAUUCAUGGAUGAAGAUGGUCUCCAUAUGAAUGAUGGUGGAGCGGCAGAUUUUCCCAACUACGAUGGAUUUGGAAACGACGACUCACACUGUCAAGAAAGCUUGGAAGAUCUUUGUCGCUCACACCUGGACGCUCUUCUUGCUAACAUAGCUAAAAGUGAGAAGCAAACGGAUCUGGCUGCUCGGGUUUCGUCGUGGAAACAGAAAAUCGAGCAAAACCUAGAAGAACAAGAGCUACACCCUCCUUUUGACAUUCAAGAAUAUGGAGCAAAGAUUAUCAACAAACUGACUGUUGAAGAUAGUGGAAACGUCGAGACCUUUACUGAUCUCAUGAAAGACCAAGAAAAGCACGAUGUAGCCCGGGCUUUCUCCGCUCUUCUUCAGUUGGUGAACAAUGGAGACGUUGAUCUCGAAAAACCUGGAAACUCCGUAGGCCAACCAGUGUGUUAUACAGCGGUUAAUCCUUUCAGCGUUAGGUUGCUCAGUGUUUGUAACAGAAAGACUGAGAAAAGAGCAAUGCAUUUACCCCGGAAACGAGCCAAAUCCCCGAUAGCCAAAGGCAAAGCUCACGAGUCACCACCACCAAAGAAGCCAAAUACAUGUUCUGUGUCAGGCUCAGGCCAGACUCGGAAAGUCUCGUUAAAGAUAUCAAAGAUCAACAGUGUCGGCGCAAGAUGCACACCGAACAGUAAGAAGAGACGAAAGAGUAGAUCUGAUGAGGUAGGCGAGGUAACUGAAGUUUCUUCAAUCAAAAGCAGAGCGAGAAAAUUGUAAAGCUAAAAUGGCUAAUGACUCCACAAAUUAGAUUGUAGUAGGUGUGGCAUUUUAAUCAGACAGUUAGGAAACUCUGUAACUGUCAGUUAUGUAAUUUAUAAUGAAGGCAUUGUUAGAACUUAGAAGAGGUAGCAUAUGUUGUAAUAACAAUGAAAGGCGUUCCACUUUUGAGGAUCUUUUAACAU